GGAAUUAGGAGUCUACGACUGUCGGCCACGGGACGCACCAGAUGCACGGUUCAAGAUGUCUCUUGAUAUGGGGCGGACGUCGUUGAGCAUGCGGCAGAUAGAAGCUGCCCUCGACAAGCUCCGGGACGAAUAUCGUGGCGAAUCUUAUCACAUAGUGAAGAAAAAUUGCAACCAUUUCUCAGAUGCUCUUUGCAGAGCGAUUAUCGGCCGACCACUGCCGCCCUGGGUGAACCGUUUAGCUUGGUGGGGCUCUUGGU